GGGACGGCCGGCCGGCGCCUGGGACCCGGAGGGGACUCUCGGGCCGAGACGGCAUGUGACACUGCCCAGAGCAAGAAGCAGGAAGAAUGGAAGGAGCCAUAUGCCGAGCGCUCUGAAUCACAAGGACCUGAAGCAGCUCCUCUCUCCAUCGGUUUCUAAAUUCUUUGCGAGGGCUUCGCCCUGAUGCAGGCUGAGGAGCCCCCACUCAGGGCCUCGACCCCCGUCCCUGCCAUAGCAGAGCUCAGCGUUACCCCUGAAGCUCUCAGGGGAAGCAGUCCGCCUGCUGCCUGGGGGCCCGAAGGUCGCGAAGGCUAGGCGCCAUCCCGUCCGGGGGCAGAGCGACACGGACUCUCACAGACCCAGCAGAGAGCCCUCGGGGAUGCGAGCAGCGGUGCUGCUGAGAGCAUGACCUCUUUCCCCAAGGAAGCCUCUGUGGGUGUGGAGACCAACCAGGAGGCCGCCGGGGAGCCCCGGGACGCUCCGGAGCAUCAGGAGGCAGCGCCGGAGAGCCUGGAGGGCGGCCGGCCGAGGACCCGGGCUCCCCCACAGCUCGGGGCCCGCCCUGCGCAGGAUGGACAGCUAGACAUGGUCCCGAUGUCCGGCGAGCUGGGCGGCCGAGUGGGGAUGGAAUGUAGACAGGAGCUCACCUCUUUGAUUUGGGGAACCGAACGUGCAGAGGAGGAGGAAGCUUUUCCAGAUUCGGAAACCUCCGCUCAGCCCAGAUUUGGCGCUGCCUGUGAAGGGCAUCGUGCGGAGACCGGCCAGGCGCGGGGCUCCGGCAGGCAGGGGGAAGAGCUGCCGUCUAUGGGGGCGCAAGAAGCCGCCUGUUACCCCAUGACCAGUAUUCCUGGGACUCAGAGGGGCCCUAGGGCUGAGGAGCUGUCCCCUGUAGCUCUGGCUCCCACACCGGACGCAGCGUCCUGCCGGCCUGUUUCUUUACCAGGCUCUUCUCCUGCUGGGGAGUCACCUGACCAAGGAGCGGCUCAGGAUCGCCAGCAGGAGGGAUCGGAGCCUGGGAAGGGGACAGUGCUCAGCGUGGGGACCCAGAUGGCCUCUGCCAGCACAUCUGGGACUCCUCCGAGGACACUGCGUUCAGCUCCUUCCAGUCCCGCUGAAGGUUCCCCCGGCACAACUACAUCAUCAUCUCCCAGCUCCCCACUUGCCUCCUCCCGGAGGGAGCCGUCUCUUGCUGCACAUUCUCUAGAAACCUCCAGAGCAUCUCUUUGGACCAACAGUGCAUCUCACGGUGGGGCUUUGGAGACGCCCUCUGCUGCCCUCCGUGGCUUCCCCUCUGCAGAGGCCACCGUGGAACUCUCCACCAGCUCCAACUGGGCCAGCCCGCAGAGCGCCCCCGGCUACACUCCAGGGGCUGUCCAGCACCUAAGGAGCAACUCCUUCCCGGGCUCUCAUAGGACUGAGCCGACUCCGGACCUGCUGGGAAGAUAUUCCUUCUCCCAUUCAGAGUUGCCUCAGAGGCCCCCCAAACCUCCCAUCUAUGGUUCUGUGGCCCCAAGAAGGGACAGGGGAGGUGGUAGGGACCACCACAGGAUCAUUCCAGAAUCCCCUAGCUCCUUAUCCACUCUGGGGCAAGACUCUCAAGAAUUCACUUCAAAUCCAGACAUGUCCAGCAGUCCUCACGGCAGCCAGCCAUGGGGCUCCCCACACACUUCAGCCUUUUCCCCAGGGUCUCCUGCCUACGGCUCUUCCCCACCCCUUGUCUCUGUAGAUAUGAGGAUCCAUGAACCUCUGCCCCCUUCGCCCCCAGAGAAGAGGCACGUCCAUCCCUCCACGGUGGAGAGAGACAGCCAUCUCCAUGCAGGGGUUCCCACGCUGAAGCGGUGUGCCCAUCCUCUUCCAUUGGCCCCAGGUUUGGGGCUACAUGGCCCCCCCAAAGGCCCACUUCCCCCAGUUCCUGACCCCCUUGUGGCGAGGCAGCACCGACCUCUGCCCUCUACCCCAGACACACCCCACCCUACUCAGACCUUGUCCCGCAAACUGAGAUACAACAAGCCAUUACCCCCAACCCCUGAUUUGUCCCAGCCCCACCAUCCUGUUUCUUCUAAUAGCGCAAGGAUCUACAGGCCUCUACCCCCUGUCCCUAUUAUGGAUCCCCCCACUGAACCACCUCCAUUACCCCCAAAGUCCAGGGGGAGGAGCAGGAGCACUCAGGGAGGACUCAUGAAUUCAGGGGGUCAGGGCAAGCCAAGGCCUGUUUGUCAAGAGUGGACAGUCUCCACUCCCCAUUCUGUUGGACGUACCUCCUGGCCCCCAGCCACGGGUCGAUCAGGAGACUCUUUGGCUUCCACCGGCAGGAAUAAGAGCGAAGCAUCCCCUGGCAUGGCUUUCAGCAACAUGGCGACCCUUCUGAAUCCCUCUUCCCCAACCACACCCUGGAGUCUGGAGCUCCAGGGGCCUGCCUCUGAACCAGGGCCCUCAGAAGAGUCUGAGGCCCUUACCAGAGGAUCUUUGAGAAGAACAGCCCCUCAGGAAGGAGCCAAUGGCCUGAGGCGGUUGGACCUAGGCCAAGCCAGGCAGCCAGACAAACUCAGCCAUCCGCAUCUGGAGAAGGCAUCCAGCUGGCCCCAUAGGCGAGACCCAGGGAGACCACUGGAGGGCGGCAGGGGGCCGGCUGCAGACCCUGGCGAGGGGUCCAGCAAGCACAAGGGCUGGAAUCGGCAAGGCCUGCGCAGACCUUCCAUCUUGCCUGAGGGCUCUUCAGAUACGAGAGGUCCAGCCAUAGACAAGUCCCCUGGCCCUACAGACACCAUCGUUUUUCGGGAGAAGAAACCAAAGGAGGUGGUGGGAGGCUUUUCAAGACGCUGCUCGAAGCUCAUCAACUCCUCUCAUCUGCUUUACCAGGAGUACAGCGAUGUGGUUCUGAACAAGGAGAUUCAGAGCCAGCAGCGGCCGGACAGCCUGGGCGAGGCGCCCGGGCCCGCCUCCCCCCGGCAGCCCCGGAGGGCCCUGGUCUCCUCCGAGUCCUACCUGCAGCGCCUGUCGGUGGCCUCCAGCGGCUCCCUCUGGCAGGAAAUCCCUGUGGUUCGCAAUAGCACUGUGCUGCUCUCCAUGACCCACGAAGACCAAAAACUGCAAGAGGCCAAAUUCGAGCUGAUUGUCUCAGAGGCCUCGUACCUGCGCAGCCUGCACGUAGCCGUGGAUCAUUUCCAGCUCUCAGCCCCGCUGCGGGCCACCCUUUCCAACCAGGAAUACCAGUGGCUCUUCUCUCGUUUACAGGACGUGCGUGACGUCAGCACCACGUUCCUUUCAGACCUGGAGGAGAACUUCGAGAACAACAUCUUCACCUUCCAAGUGUGCGAUGUGGUCCUGAACCACGCCCCCAACUUCCGCCGGGUCUACCUGCCUUACGUCACCAACCAGAGCUACCAGGAGCGCACCUUCCAAGUCCUGCUGAACAGCAACAGCAGCUUCCGAGAGGUCCUGGAGAAGCUGGAGAGCGAUCCUGUCUGCCAGCGCCUUUCCCUCAAGUCCUUCCUGAUCCUGCCCUUCCAGCGCAUCACGCGUCUCAAACUGCUGCUUCAGAACAUCCUGAAGAGAUCACAGCCUGGGUCUUCAGAGGAAGCCGAAGCCACGAAGGCACAUCAUGCCUUGGAGGAGCUGAUCCGAGACUGCAAUAACAAUGUCCAGAGAAUGCGCCGGACAGAGGAGCUCAUCUACCUGAGUCAGAAGAUUGAGUUCGAGUGCAAAAUAUUCCCGCUCAUAUCGCAGUCGCGCUGGCUGGUGAAGAGCGGAGAGCUGACAGCCCUCGAGUUCAGUCUCUCCCCAGGGCUGCGAAGGAAACUGAACACGCGGCCAGUCCACCUGCAUCUCUUCAAUGACUGUCUGUUGCUGUCACGGCCCCGAGAGGGUAGCCGAUUCCUGGUAUUUGACCAUGCUCCCUUCUCCUCCAUCCGAGGGGAAAAGUGUGAAAUGAAGCUACACGGACCCCACAAAAACCUCUUCCGGCUCUUUCUGCUGCACAACGCACAGGGCACCCAGGCUGAGUUCCUCUUCAGCACAGAGACCCAAAGUGAAAAGCUUCGAUGGAUCUCAGCCUUGGCCAUGCCCAGAGAGGAAUUGGACCUUCUAGAGUGUUAUGACUCCCCACAAGUACAGUGCCUUCGAGCUUACAAACCCCGAGAGAAUGACGAGUUGGCACUAGAGAAGGCAGACGUGGUGAUGGUGACUCAGCAGAGCAGCGAUGGCUGGCUGGAGGGCAUGAGACUCUCAGAUGGGGAGCGAGGCUGGUUCCCUGUGCAACAAGUGGAGUUCAUUUCCAGCCCAGAGGUCCGUGCUCGGAACCUGCAGGAAGCUCAUCGAGUCAAGACUGCGAAACUACAGCUGGUGGAACAACAGACCUAGCUCUUCUCUGGGGGGAGCCCCCUGAGCAUGAAGACAUGGUGUUCCCGGAAAGGGCUGGCCCUGGAACCCUGCGACAGAGGCCUUCUGUGGACCAAGAACUAGACCUUCUGAAAACUCAAGAACAAAAAUCCAGCUACCAGUUGCUAGUCCCAAACCUUUUGUUGUGCUUUGGGCUUGGUGGAGGGAUUUUGAAGGACUUUGCACUGGACUCUGAGAAACUUUUCUCCUAAGAAAAGGGAGAAAUGGGGCCUAAGCCGAGGAACUUUACCUCUACUACCGUAUAGUACUUAAACAUUCUGUUUCCGGAGUACAGAUUCAGGGCUGACCAAAGUUUCCAUUGUAGCUACAAGUUAAACAGAAUCUGACCUCAGUUCACUGGAGAGGGAUGUUUAAUGGGGAUUAACACAUCACAUGAGAGGAUCAACGACCUUCAAGGUACCUUCCAACUCUAGAGAUUUUCCCUAAUUAUUGGUGUGAGGUCAGGGCAUGCAUCUCUGGGAUCUAUGUCUGUUGGUGGCAAUGUGAGGGUAGCAGUCUCUCACUUUAAUAAACUUGGCACUUCUCUGAGUGUUUU